AUGUUGAUUCCAAAGGAAGAAAGAACCAAGAUCCACAGAUACUUGUUCCAAGAAGGUGUUGUUGUCGCCAAGAAGGAUUUCAACCAACCAAAGCACGAGGAAAUUGACACCAAGAACUUGUUUGUCAUCAAGGCUUUGCAAUCCUUGACUUCCAAGGGUUACGUUAAGACUCAAUUCUCAUGGCAAUACUACUACUACACCUUGACUGAACAAGGUGUUGAGUACUUGAGAGAAUACUUGCACUUGCCAGAGCACAUUGUUCCAGGUACUUACAUGCAAGACAGAACCCAAACUCAAAGACCACAAAGAAGAUACUAA